UCUCUACAUUCACUAACUUUACACAUGUUAGUAUUUGUGGACUUUAUAGUGUUAAAAGUUAUUACUAAAAGUGUGCAAACGAUCCAGUAAAAUAGCACGAUGAAGCCCAAGGCUACGAAGCCUGAUUUUAUAAAACAAAAACCGAAUGAAACUUCAAAGGUACACAAAGCGAAAGAAAAGAAGAAAAGAUACUUUGAACUAGACACAAAUGAAAACAAUGCUAGUCAGAAAUCUGGAGACCAGAAAGAGGAAGUCUACAAUGUUAAAGUGAACAAACGAUUGAUGUUCCAACUGGAGCAUAAACAGAAAAGACAAGAAGAAUAUGCGAAUGCUAAACGCAACCAGCCAGUUCUAAAUAAGCCGGUUAAAAAAAGAAAAAAUAAGUAUCCUGGUAAAGCUCCAGUAAACCCCCACAAAUUAGAGCAGCACUCCCGUGGUGAAGGGGUGGGCAAGGGCGUGAGGCACCCGUUGCAUGCUCAUAAAUUGAAGAAUAAGGAGAAGAAAUAUAAUUAUGCUCAAGAGCAGGCGGCCAGGGCGGAAAUAUUGUUGACUGAGGAGCAAGGUUAUGUUGAAGUAGAGGAAGAUGGUAAAACUACAGAAAUUACACAAGACCUGAUCAAAGACAGUGUAGACAUCACAGCAGCAACUAAGAUAUUUGACCUAAACCUGGACUUUGGUCCAUACAGAGCAAAAUACACCCGCAAUGGGAGACAUCUGCUGUUAGGUGGGAAGAUGGGACAUUUGGCAGCUUUUGAUUGGGUCACUAAGAAGUUGCAUUGUGAGAUUAAUGUUAUGGAAUCCAUACAUGAUGUAAGUUGGUUGCACGUAGAAACAAUGAUGGCUGUGGCACAGAAGGAGUGGUUAUAUAUCUAUGACAAUAAUGGCGUUGAAAUUCACUGUGUUAAAAGAAUGGACAAGAUAUUAAGGAUGGAGUUUCUGCCAUACCAUUUCCUCUUGGCUGGUGUUAAUGAAUUCGGCUUCAUGUCGUGGCUGGAUGUUUCAAUAGGAGAGAUCGUAGGCCACUACAAUAACCAUCUAGGUCGAACCACAGUUAUGACUCAAAACUCUUACAAUGGUACAUUGUGUAUAGGCAACUCGCAAGGAGUCGUGUCACUUUGGUCGCCCACGGUGAAGGAUCCUUUGGCGAAGAUACUAUGCCAUAAGACACCGUUGACAGCUAUUGCUGUGGAUAACAGAGGAAUGUAUAUGGCCACGGCUGGCGUAGACCGCAGCCUCAAUAUAUACGACAUCCGAAACCUGGACGGGCCAGUGCAGAAAUACAAGCUGAGACGCGCUCCCGUAGAUUUGACGUUCUCACAGAAAGACAUGCUGGCGGUCGGGAUGGAUGAUGUCGUAGAAGUUUACAACAACUGCUGCACACAAAGCACAGUGAAACCAUACAUGAGGCACAGAAUGGGGAAGAAUAUUAGCAAUUUCAAAUUCUGCCCGUAUGAAGAUGUGCUGGGAAUCGGCACGACCAAAGGGUUCACAAGCAUCAUUAUACCUGGCAGCGGAGAACCGAACUUCGACGCGCUAGAAAGCAAUCCGUUCCAGACCAAGAAACAGCGCAAGGAGGCCGAAGUGAAGGCCCUCCUCGAGAAGAUACCGCCCGAGCUCAUCACGCUCAAUCCCUUCGAGGUGGCCGAGGUCGACGUGCCCUCUAUGAAGGAGCAGAUGGAGGCUAAGAAGAAACUACUGUAUGUAAGACCGAAAAAGGUAGACUUGACUCCUAGACGCAAGAACAAAGGUAAAACGCAUAUUGCAAGAAAGAAGAUUAUCAAAGAAGAAACGAGAAAGAAAUAUAUUGAGGAAGUAAAAGAAGCGCAAAAGGCAUUGGAAACACCGGUGCAGCCAAACAAACCGAAGAUAUCAUAUGGUGUACUUGAUAGAUUUGUAUCUAACCCUAAAAAACCUAAGAAUAAGAAAUAAAACAACAUAUAAGCUUGA